UUAAGGAACACCAACGGAGUGCCAGGUACUGUCAUUUUAGUCAAUCAGUCUUGGCAGAACAUUGGAUGGAGACGGGACACUCGGUACAAUAUGACAAAGCAACCAGACUAGCCUCCUCGCAAAGCUAUUUCGCCAGGAAACAUCGUGAAGCCCUAGAAAUUCUGAAACAUCCCGACAACUUCAACCGUGACAAAGAUGAAAAACCUCCCAUAAUAUAUAUGAGGACCAUAACCCAAGAAAGCUCAAUAUCGGAGCUCUCAGCCCUGAAGAUGCAAACUGCAACGUUUGCGAAAUGGCAUUACGCUGUUAAACCACGCGGCAUCCAUCCGGAAACCUUUUGCAUUGAUGAUUCCAAUGGCCGCGAAAGUCUCAAAACUAGAAUAGAGAGUUAUUGAUUUAAUCAAUAAAACAAUGAAAUUCGAGUUGUUU